UACACACAGGCAAACAUCUUCCUGUUUAAACAGUGACUGAAGUUAGUCUAAAACCAAAGUCCACUUCUGCAGAGUGAAUGGAGGAUUUCAUCAACAUGUCUAUUCACUGCUGCUGCAAAGCAAAUUGCCCCUUGGGGAUAGUAAAGUUGACCUUGACCUUAUUGACGUCACAGUCAUUGAUGAAAGAAACACAUUGAAGUUCCAGCUAAAAGGUCAAAGGUCCCUCAGGGUCCACUCAGCAUGGAGCUGUCUCCCUCUCCCUCAGGUUUAGAAGAAGAGUUUAAAACAGUCUUCACCAGAGAGUCCCUCCUCUUCCUCCAUGAGCUGAUCUCCAUGUUUGACGAGGAGGUGGAUCAGGUCCUGCGGUUACGAGUGUCCAGAAAAGCCCACUUGGACCUUUCCGGUGACCUGCCAAACUUCCUGGAAUCAACCUCACAUAUCAGGAGGGACCCGGCAUGGAGGGUGCUGCCCACCCCCCCUAGGCUCCAGAGAAGACAUGUGGAUGUCGGAGAUCUGGCUCCCUGCGAUACUCAGCGCUUCAUUAAGGCUCUCUUGUCUCCAGCACAGGGCAUACAGGUUGACUUUGACGAUGGAAACUGUCCGACAUACUUCAAUCAGAUCAAAGGCAUACAUAAUGUUUUAAAGGCAGUUCACAACCACUUCCCCAAUGUUCCACACAUAUCUAAGGCUCCAGUGCUGAUGCUCCGCCCCCGCGCCUGGAACAUGGUGGAGCACAACAUGAUGGUGGAGGGAAAAGAGGCUCCAGGUCCCCUCUUUGACUUUGGACUCCUCAUGUUUCACUGUGGAAAGACGCUGUUUGAAAACAAGAGUGGACCUUUUUUCUACCUCUCCAAGGUGGAGAGCUUCAUGGAGGCUCGAUUGUGGAACAAGAUUUUUGUCUGGACACAAGAGAAGCUGGGCCUGCCUCUGGGCUGCAUCAAGGCGACGGUGCUGAUUGAAAAUGUUUUAGCAGCAUUUGAGAUGGAGGAGAUCCUCUACGAGCUGCGAGAUCACUCAGCUGGACUCAACUGUGGCAUCUGGGAUUAUUCAGCCUCUUUCGUCAACAAGUUUGGUCACCGUCAGAACUUCCUGCUGCCCGACCGCAGCAAAUACGUCAACAUGGAGAAACGUUUCCUACGCAGCUACAUGGACCUGUUGGUUCAGACGUGUCAUCGGAGGGGAGCGCUCGCAACAGGAGGGAUGGCCGCUCUGCUGCUGCCUCAAGAUCCACUCAGCGACUCCCACCAGAGAGCGUUGGCUUCUGUCACCAGACUGAAGUUGCUGGAGAUCGAAGCAGGUGUGGACGGCUUCAUGGUGUACGACCUGGGUUUGAUUGAGCCCAUGCAGAAACUCUUCCAGCUUCACACUGAAGGGGAUAACCAGCUUCACCAGCUCCGAGAUGAUGUCACUGUAACUCCUGAUGACCUGCUGUCCAUGCCCUCGGGAGGAGUCACCCUCUAUGGACUGAAGUAUAACAUUGCAGUUGGUGUCCUCUUUAUUAAUGCGUGGCUCUCAGGUCUUGGACACUUCUUCUACAGAGGCCAGGUGGAAGAUUCAGCAACAGCAGAGAUCUCCAGAUCACAGGUGUGGCAGUGGAUCCGUCAUCAGACGAGGCUGGAGGACGACAGCAGGGUGGUGAGCCGGCGGCUGGUUACUGCUCUAACCCAUGAGGUUCUGAUGGAGCUCAGCGUCAGUUUCUUCAGGGCUAAACAGAGGCUAAACACAGCGGCAGACAUAUUCCUGGAGGUGGUCCUAAAGAGAGAUUUCCCAGAAUUCAUCACCUCCUACUUGAAUCAGGACCACACCUUUCUCAGCUCCCAGGACUUCAGACAAGUGGAGGCUCUGGAGGCAGACAUUCCCCGACACAAACUGUGAAGAGUCUCAGAUGGAAGAUCUCCACAUGUUCUUACAGAGAGUGUAUUACUGCCACCACAAUAAAAGAAAUAUUAAUGUUUAAGUUUGCUUUUUUUAAAUGUGAACAUUUUACUGAUCUCUUUGACAUUAGACACCUGGCCAAAACUAUUUCAACAAUAAACAAUCAAACUUUAA